AUGAAAGAUUUAAGCCAUAGGGAUCGUUGUACAUAUUUAAAUUUUUGGAUAUAUGGCGAAGUAAGUAAAUUAUAUACGUAUAAUGAUAAAAAUCUUACGCAUAUUACUGAUAUUGCUAAUCUUAUUCGUGCAAAUAUUAAAAUUAAUAUGCAUUUAAUUAAUUAUGAUUUUAAUACAAAUUAUAAAUUAAUGAAUCAAACUUAUAGUCAAGACAAGUUUGUUAAAUAUUACGAUCUAAGUAAAUAUAAUCCAUGUUUUUUUAAUUAUGAUUGUACAUUCUCUGAAUGUAGUGAAAUGAAACAUCUGUAUGAAUAUUUUAAAGAUUAUGAAACUAUUAAAGAGAAAAUUAAUUGUGGCCAGGGUAGAGAUGAUAAAUAUUUUAAGUACACUAAAUACAUAAGUUCUCUAUAUAAUAAGCAUAAAGAGUAUUGCUGUUCCUGGGGUGCGAAAAUAUGUCCAGAUUAUUUUUUGUCAUGUCACGAAUAUUAUGACCCAAAUAAACUUGUGUCUGCAAUAGAAUCGGAUGAUACACCCACA